UAAAAACAUUCCGCGAUGACGAGAAACAAGGUUUCUCGCUCAAGAAACUUCAAAAUUCAAAAAAAGAAGAAUAAAAUCAAUGAGAAGAAUGAAAUUAAUUGUCCCGCGUAUUUCACUAUGGGGGUAUUUAUUUCUUCAUCCCACAUGGUUUGCUUCACAAGCUCUUUCUGCAACUUGAAAGAAGAACAGAACGUCAUAUCCAAAAGCAAAAGACCAAAACCACAAGAAGUAUACCUGAGAGCAGGAGUUAGGAAGAAGAUGCCUACUAACGGCUCACAACACCGCAGUACAGGGAGAGAUUUCAGAAGAAUGGUGAAUUCUCCUUACUUUAGAAGUACUGGAAAUUUGCCAUCGUUGCCAGAAAAUCCUCAUAGCAACACUAGUCUAGCUUUUCAACAAGAUACUAAUUCACAAAGUUUACCAUCUUCUGCAAGUACCAUUACUUCGAAAUCUACAACAAUAUCAAACUCUUCACUUUCAUCUGUAUUAGGUUCUCAAGUUGAUAUGUUGUCUACACUCUCACAUGCACCAGUUACACAAGAUGUUGCUUCUUUUGUUACCAUUAUGUCCAGUGUUCCAAGUUCUGGAAAUGAUGAAGGUGUUUCAAAUGCGAUGCAAAGUGUUUUGACAACGUUGCCAAAAAAUAAUAUUACCUUUCCAGAAAAUAUCACAUUCUCUGAUGAUGAUGAUGAUGAUGAUGAUGAUGAUGAUCACUUGUUCUCUACAAACGCAGCUGCCUGCUUAAGCAACAUUGAAACCUUAAGACUUCAUAGUUUUAAAAUUCCAGAGAAAACAAAAAAACGCAGAAAAAAAAGGGGUCCUUUACCAUCUACGACAAAGGCAAAGUUUUAUCAUCUCCCAGACGCAUCAAGAAUUCCAAAAUUCCGAAAACUGACAAAUGGCUCUGCUGAUCCUCUUUUAUUGGAACAUAUUAAUAGUGGCUACGGUUUUCCGCGUGACUGUUAUAAUUUUGAAAAAAAAGAACCAUGCUCAAUUUCAUUGUCACUUGGCCUCACAGAACAACGAUUUGAUGAUAGGAUAAGACAAUACUUCCCUUUACUACCAAAUAUUUAUUUUUUCCACACAUUGGAUAGAAAUAAACGACCGAAACGUGUGAAUAUAAAAUGUCCUAUAAAUAUAAAAAGCCUCAAGUAUAACGGAGUAAUAGUGAUUGCAUCACAAUCUCUCGAAGCUCUACCUCAAAGUACAAGCACGCCAUCUCAGGCAAGUCGUUCAAACGUUUUAUCAGCUCUACCUCAAAGUACAAGCACGCCAUCUCAGGCAAGUCGCUUAAACGUUUCACCAGCUCUACCUCAAAGUACAAGCACGCCAUCUCAGGCAAGUCGCUUAAACGUUUCACCAGAAUCACGACCCAGGAUAUGUGGUGUUUGUGGCUCCACAUAUAUAGAAAACUGCAUCCGAUGUGAACAGGAUUUGGAAUACGAGGAAAGCAUCCGUGCUGAUAGGGCUGCUGAUAUCCAUAAUAGCAACUACGACGUCGAAUCCGACAAUGAAAAUACGCCGUUAUGCUCAGAAGACCUACGUGCAGCCAGAGUUGCUUUUUUGACUAAAAAUUCAACUGCUUCUAACAACACAUUUGGCAAUGAUGAAGUCGAACUUUUCUUCGAACGCAGCGGCGGUGACAUUGACGAACCUGAAGUCGAUAUAAACUAUAUUCCAGCUACAAGUCACAGCGAGUUUAUGGACAAUGCCCUUUCUAAAUUCACAGCGAUUGAUAAAAAAAAGAAAAUUAUAAUUAUACAAAGAGACAAAUCGAAAUUUUGGUCUGUAUUGUUUCGCCAAAAACUCAACCUAACUACACAUGCGCCAUGUGUUCGAUUCGCAGGAGAAGCAGGAGCAGAUGCUGGAGGUCCAUUGCGAGAGUUUCUCACACUAUCAAUGAAAAAUAUACCGUUGCUCUCUACCAUGGUUUUCGGAGAGGAAAAGUGUCUGUGUUUCGAUGCUAACACAGAAUCUCUGAUCGAUAACAAGUAUUUUUUUUUAGGGCAGCUAUCUGCGUUGUCAAUACUCCAGAAUGGUCGUGGUCCUGAAUGCUUUCACCCUGCAGUGGUGCGAUCAAUUUAUGGUCUAAAUCAACCUGCAACCAUCGAGAAUGUAGGAGACUAUGAAAUAAAAAAAACACUUGAAAACAUUCAAAACGGAGAUUACGACUCACUUCUAGAGAAAGGGAUAAGUGUAAUUAAUCGCUCAGAAACUGAACUUAGACGCUUGUUCUUGAUAAAUGGGAUAGUUCACCAGAACUAUUCUAGUAUACAUCAAUACAUCUCAGGCAUAAAAUCUAUAUACCCAGCUUUUACGGAACAACGAGCCUAUCAAAUUAUGGAGAAGUAUUUUUUGUUUUCCGACAAAGAGAUCACAUAUGAUGAUAUGGUGGCUCUUUUUAAUUACGAGGACCUUGAUGAAUGCGAAGUUAACUCGAAUCGCUUCUUAGAAAUACAAGACUGUAUUGUAGAGUUCGAGCUAUUUCUUUCACAAGUUGAUUCCGGGGAAGUGACACGCAAUAAUUUACCUCUACGUUUUGAUCAACUCGUAGAAUUUUGCACUGGUGUUGACAGGAUACCACCAUAUGGUUUUGAAAAAAAAAUCGAUGUGAAGUUCAAAGAUGUUUCUCUUCCAAAUGCGUCAACAUGCAGUUUAACACUGACUAUUCCUACAAAGGAAUUGAGUAAGAGAAUGGCGACAGGUAUCCACUUUGGUGAAGGUUUUGGUGUUGUUUGAUUAAGAUAAUUUUUUAUUGGUCACACGUUUUUUUGUAUUUGUUCCUUAUUAUUAUAACAUUUGAAUAUUGCACCUCUCUUAUAAAAAGUUCACAUUUUAUGUGAUUCUCUGGUCACAUGUUGGAAGUAUAAUAUCGAAACUCAGCUAAUAAGCCACGCGCCUUUACCGAGAUUUACGGUAUACUAUGAAGGUCCAGAAAUGAGUGAAAAUUUUGCGUUUUAUUCCUAAUGGUAUACCCGCAUAUUUGUUGAAUCUCAACCUGACCAGCAGAAACUAGAAUUUUGAUGAAAAGAUUUAUUUGUGUGUAUCUUUACAAUAUUGAACACUACAAUAUUGAACCCAUAUAUACGGGAAUCCCGAGAUUAAAGUCUUUCGAUUUUUUUCAAACUUUGAUUAUAUUAUUGCCGAUAGUAACCAUAUUCCUGCAAAUUUCAGCUUAAUACUACUUUUUAUAAAGAUUUUAUAGCAGUUUUUACCCACGUCAGUACACUACAUAGUUGUUGCGUUCAGAACUAAUAGUUUCAUGCUGCGCAUGGACAACAAUCUUCAGCUAAAUAAAUAACGUUCAACAAAUUACAAUGUGUUCUCAAUGCAAUGACGUCAGUCCUUUGUAUUUGUAUUUUUAUGAAUAUUUUCUUUUCUUAAAAGUGCGCACUUUUAAGAAAAUUAAGAAAAGAGAAGAUAUUAAAAUGGUAUACUCUAUCAUCGUUUUUUAUAAUAGUCUAUAUUUUAUUUUCAUUUUUUUUUUGUUAAACAUUGUACAGUAUAUAUAACAAUAUGACCCGUUAAGUGGGACACUCAUGGGACCGAUUAAAUUUGUUUGUAAAUAUAUGAAAUUGAGUGUUGGAUUUUGAGGUUCGAAAAGCGAUACGAUUUUUGACGCUACAAUGCAGUGGUUUCUCAAAAUAUAGAUAAUAUUUUCUUUAAAGUCACACUUUUAAGCGAAGAUUUUGGUUCAAGGGACCAGAAAAUUAUGUCCCACUUUGACACACUUACCCAAGAUAUCCCACUAAAGUGAAGUUUUUUGGUGGAAUUUGAUGAGGAAGUUCAAGGGAAACCUGAUUUUUCCCACUUAGCAAAAUUCCUACUUAUCCAGGGUCCCACUUAACUUAUACGGUAUCUUCAUAUAUACGAGAUCGUGUUUUUGUUAUUUUUGUUGAUUUUUUUCUUUACCUUUCGAAACAUUUGUAUGAUAACUUUGCUUCAUAGUUCUGAACUGACUGUUUCAUUUAAUUUUCCCACCUUCUC